AUGGGCGACUUUGGUCCCAUCGGGCUGCCUCUGACUAGCUUCGAUCCGAAUUACAAUCCGAAAUUGGAGGAAGCAGGCCGGCCAGCACCUGAUGGCAGUCCUGAUAGCUUGGAGCACUAUCAGUCGCAGUAUGUGCAGUCGAAGAAUGAUUAUGUUUUCGAACCCCCUUAUUUCUUCCCAAUGCCGUUUUUCGUGCCAGCUCCCCCGACCCCCAAGCAGCCAGAGCCUGCACCCCCAAACGGCGACGGCCACGGCCCUCCACGUGCUCCCGGAGCCCGAGCCGCCUCAGCCCCGCCCAUCCUUCACGACAAGAAGCUCCUGUGCCAAGUUUGUCAGAAGGUGGCCCUGGGCAUCAGGUGGUUGACAUGCAAAGGCUGCAAGCAAUCGGACCUGAAACCCCCCAAUCUCGAGCAACUCUGCUCGGGCCAUCGCCGUAGCAACGCCUUCGUCGGCUGCGAGUACGCACGUCGGAGUGAGUGCAACAAUGGCCGGUGCCAGAGUUGCCACUGCCAGACGGAGCAGACAGCAGUCGGUAAGCCGCUGAGUCAGCGCCGGCACCAGCGCAAAGCGUCGAGAAGGCAAGCAGAUGAUCGCCGGCUGGAAUUUCCAAAGACAGAGAUGGAGGGGAGGAAUCUGGGUCGGCGGGCGACCCUCAAUGCCCCGCCGACCAGCUCCGAAAUGCGGAUCCUCGGCCUCCCCAACAUCAAUGCUUGA